GGGCUGGCCUCGGCCCCGGAAGCCGCAAGGGCUUGUCUGUCGCGGGUCGCUGGCCUGAAGACCAUGAGCGCGGCGGGCGGCCUUCGUCGCCGUGCGCGACUGUCCCGCCUCGUGUCCUUCAGCGCGAGCCACCGGCUGCACAGCCCAUCUCUGAGUGAUGAAGAGAACUUGAAAGUGUUUGGGAAAUGUAACAAUCCGAAUGGCCAUGGACACAACUAUAAAGUUGUGGUGACAGUGCACGGAGAGAUUGAUCCUGUUACAGGGAUGGUUAUGAAUUUGACCGACCUCAAGGAAUAUAUGGAGGAGGCCAUCAUGAAGCCCCUUGAUCAUAAGAACCUGGAUCUGGAUGUGCCACACUUUGCAGAUGUUGUCAGCACGACAGAAAAUGUAGCUGUCUAUAUCUGGGAAAAGCUCCAGAAACUUCUUCCAGUGGGAGCUCUUUAUAAAGUAAAAGUGUAUGAAACUGACAACAACGUUGUAGUCUAUAAAGGAGAAUAGACCUUAGGGUUAGUAUUGCAGAAAGGCUAGUUUCUGUUCAUGUUUGAAAGAGUCUUUGUCCUCUUAGAAUACACAGCAGUCACCACAUACUUGUGUCCCCACGUUUUAUUCUGGAAUACCCAAGCAUUGAAAUAACUGUAAGGUCUCUAUUUCAAUGUAUCAAAAAAUGAAACUUGCAGUGUAUCCUGAAUAUAUUUUUGGUGAGGAAGCAGAGGAGAAAUGAGGACUGACGUCAGGGCCUCACUCACGUGAAGCAUGCACUCAGUCCUCUCAGCCAUUUUGAGGAUCUUGUAUCUAGAGAUUAAAAAUUAUUUCAUCUCGGCAAAA